AUGGAGCGGGCGAACACGGAGCUGUACCUGGAGAACCUGUGCAUCAUGCAGGCGAACGAGCGGCUCCGGAGGAAGGCACAGCUGCUGGCCCAGGAGAACGAGCAGCUCCUCGCCGAUCUCAAGCGCAAGCAGCAGCACAUGGCGGCCUCCUCCAGGGCGGCGCCCCAGAUGGCGAAGGGCGGCGAGCCGUCUGGCCAUAACGCGGCCAGCCUCAAGUCCGGCAAGCAGCAGCCCCAGUGA